CAACAACGAUUUUGUGCGGUAAAAAUUGGAUUUUGUGCGGAGCAAACCGUGAAAUGAGCAGCCGAAAAAGUCGUCUCAGCUUGGCCACAGCAACGCCAAAAGAUGCAAAAUCACCAAACACAAGGCACACACCGUCGCGGAGAGCGAAAACCGCGGCGGCAGCUAUGACCGCUGGUACACCCGUUGUGGCCACCAACGAACAGCCGCCAACCGCGGAUGAAUGUCCGGAAGUUUCGCCAUCGCAGGGAGCCGACUAUUCUCCUAUCGUGCCUCUCACACAGGAUGCAUUCCACGCCAUCAACGGUGUGUCGUGGGAGUGGAACAGUCCCCAGCGGCUGCACGGUCAGUCGCGGGUGCGGGGCAGCGAUAGCACCCAGAAACAUGCCGGCCUACAAUCACGUAAAACUUUCAAACAUUCCGAAUCGCCCUGUGGCCGAAUACCGAAGAAAGCAACUGGUUACAAUAAGUUCAUAUCCAAGCUUAACCUUCUGCUCGGGAAGGAGAAUUUGGGAGAUCUUGGUGAGGCCACGGAACCGAUUGCGUUUGAAAAGGAAGAACAGACACCCCUAGAAGAUGAAGCGAUCUAUCUUAAUGACACACCGGAUCUUACGCUAAUACACGAUCCAUUCGCGCCGGACGAUGUGGUGCCGAGCGGCGAAAGAAAAGUGGCCCCAGAUGCAGACGACAGUGAUGAUGAUCUUUUCCAGGAUGCCUGUAUCGAUACGGAAAGCAAAUCCCACAGUGAAGCUCAUAGCGAUGAGGCUGCCCUUGAUUCGGAGUUUGACGAUUCCAGGUUGAACAGUAUGCUGAUAGCAGCGAGUCAAACGAUCGAGCAAAAUCUAGAGACCGUACCACCAUCAACGAGUGCAGUAUUGUCCGUAGCAGAACCAGCAGGGGCUACCGAAGGUGUCACGAAAGUUAAGCCGCGUUUCAGCGUUGCCCCCGAAAUGAACGACUCCGACAUAGAUUGUUUCCUGGUGCAAGCGUCAUUGAUGGCGGAAGAUAAACCUAGCAACCGAACUCAGGAGUCGUGUAAAGCUGAAAAUGUUCCUACCGAGCGCAUCGCAACAAAGGAGCCCUCUUUGUCGGCAAGUGAAGGUGAUAAUGUCCACGGAACAGGCAGUGAGCUGACGAUGUCGCAGGAAGAUAUAAAGGCGCUGAUCGAGAAGAAGCGCCAAGAAGCGCUUCGCCGGUUACAGAACAGCCGAAUGAAGCGAGCGAUGACCAACAAGUGAUUUAUAGUGCGAGGAAAGUUGAUGGUAUUUCUUGUUAUAAACAACGCUCUCAGAUGGAUCAGGUUAAUGUAUAAUGAAGCCGGAACGGCCCGGGUUUCGGCUUUGCUUCCGCUUUUCGUCAAAAUGACGCAGAACUACAAAUAAACUCACAAACUCACUGACACACGGAGUGCCUAUAGAGGACACGCUCA